UUUUCACCUUUGUCUUCUUGAGUGUUUUGAAAAGAUAAACAGAUAAACGCUCACUAAUCAAACCGCCUUUGACCCGCAGGAUGAGCGGGGAAAACCGUGAUUCCCACAGAUGACAAAAUCAAAAUCGCUGAUUAAAGCGCCCGCGAUUUAUCUUCGAUCACAACAAAUACCUCUCGUCAAAAACCUGUAAUGGAGAUGAUUAAUCGAUCAGCCGUGUAUCUGUGGUGUGUCUCCCUCCCUCUCUGUCUGUCCAGUGUUUUCCUUCUGCCUCGCACUCGAUCUGACUCAGUCCGGGCAGAAGCAGCAGCGGGAGGAGGAGGAGGAGGAAUGUUAGCCGGUUAGCUCACCCAUCGACAUCCAGUCCCUGGAUUUAAAAAAACACGUCAUUUUGUGGAUUUAACUCUGGGCGUUAAAAUGAAUUUACUACCGUCUAAUCCUCACGGGAACGGGCUCCUCUACGCCGGAUUUAACCAGGAUCACGGAUGCUUCGCCUGUGGAAUGGAAAAUGGAUUCCGUGUUUACAACACGGAUCCACUUAAAGAGAAGGAGAAACAAGAGUUCCUGGAGGGCGGAGUCGGCCACGUGGAGAUGCUGUUCAGGUGUAAUUAUCUGGCGUUAGUGGGAGGAGGCAAGAAACCCAAGUAUCCAACUAACAAAGUGAUGAUCUGGGACGACCUGAAGAAGAAGACGGUUAUUGAGAUCGAGUUCUCGACAGAAGUCAAAGCUGUGAAGCUUCGACGUGACAGGAUCGUCGUGGUCCUGGACUCUAUGAUCAAAGUGUUCACCUUUACCCACAACCCCCAUCAGCUGCAUGUCUUUGAGACCUGCUACAACCCCAAAGGUCUAUGUGUGCUGUGUCCCAACAGCAAUAACUCUCUGUUAGCGUUCCCGGGGACUCACUCGGGCCACGUUCAGAUCGUGGACUUGGCCAACACAGAAAAGCCGCCCGUGGACAUCCCCGCCCAUGAGGGCUCGCUGUGCUGCAUCGCUCUCAACCUGCAGGGCACGAGGAUAGCUACUGCGUCAGAGAAAGGGACACUCAUCAGGAUUUUCGACACGUCCGCAGGCCAACUCAUACAGGAGCUGAGACGAGGAUCUCAGGCCGCCAACAUUUACUGCAUUAACUUCAACCAGGACGCGUCCCUCAUCUGUGUGUCCAGUGACCACGGCACCGUCCACAUCUUUGCUGCAGAAGAUCCCAAGAGGAACAAACAAUCCAGUUUGGCUUCAGCCAGUUUUCUUCCCAAAUACUUCAGCUCUAAAUGGAGCUUCUCAAAGUUCCAGGUUCCCUCAGGUUCUCCCUGCGUGUGCGCCUUUGGAACCGAGCCCAACGCUGUCAUAGCUAUAUGUGCUGAUGGCAGCUACUACAAGUUCCUGUUCAACCAGAAAGGGGAGUGUUCCCGAGACGUCUACGCCCAGUUCCUGGAGAUGACGGAUGACAAGAUUUGAUCUUUGACCUCCUCCUGCAGACGGAGAUGUUUUCUGCGGUUUAUCGCUUUUUUUUUCUUCUUCUCUUUAACCUUAAAUUAAAAUUUGAGGAGACAGGAAGUCGCAUUUCUGACCUCGACAGACUCUGUAGACGAGCACGAGGACGACACGGAUUUACCUCCCAAAAGCGAACACAAGAGAAAAGAGGGGGAACAUGACAGUUUUUCUUUGAGACGUCUUCCGAGGAAAUUUCUGAAAAAAAUGGAUGGCUAUUUUUAAUCGCACAGAAGAUUCCGAUUGAUGCGAUUUUGUCGACUAACACCGCCUAACUGUAGGGAGUGCCUCUGAGACUGGAGAGAAUCUGUACGUAUGAACACAUUACUGUUGUCGCAGACAGUAAAUCCACAGGUGUGUGUGCGUGUGUGUGUGUGUGUAAGAUUGUGUAUAUAACUAUGUACCAUAUUGGGUGUUUUUUCGCAAAGCGGCGUCAGAUUGUGCGUUUGCGACGCCAUAGUAUUACUCGAUCUUUCUUAUAUUCACUGUAUAAACACAAGACAUCGGACUAAACUGAACAAAAUACUUAAACUUGUACAAACUAGUAGCAAAAGAGAACAUAAUUAUUAACAUGUAUCUGUUUUCCGUCUUCCUUUUUUUUUCAUACUUUGUGCAAUAUGAUUGUUAAAAAUCCUCGCUAAAGUUGAGUUUGUUUUUUCUACUCGCGUUAGAAAGUUUAGAGAUUUAUUUUUUUGGUGUGUGGGAAAAAAUUAGGCUUUUUUCCACUUUUCUACCCCCCCUCCAACAAAUGUUUCAUAUUAGAAACAACUAAUUAAGUUCUAAACAGUUACCCAUUUCGAACACUAGGUGGCUUGUUUUCCCAUUUACAGUCUUUAACGUCUAUCCAACCGCUGUUAGCUUUAGCUUCAUAUUUAGCGCACUGAUUUUCUACAGAAGAAAGUUUGAUUUAAAAAAUUCUGCUUUUUUCGGAUUCUUGCCCGAAAUAACCACGUUUUCUAGCAGCAGCAGCCAAACGUUUCAAAUCAAAAUUUAAAAACACAAAUUGCUAAGGCUGAAAUGUAAUUGUUCUACAUUUUUAUAACAAUUAAAAAUAAUGUAAAUGCAUAAAUGUUAGAAACAACUAACUGCGUUCGAAACAGUAACCCAUUUCAAACACUAGGUGGCUCGUUCUCCCGUCUCCGGUCUUAAACGCCGAGUUAACCGAGCCGCUUUUAGCUUUAGCUUUCUGCCAAGAACGUGACCAAGCAUUUUUUUCCCCUCUAAACUGUACAACUGUUUCUUUAAGAGUUUGUGACUGACCUGAACACAAUUUGUACCCUCCUAAAAUACUUUUAAAUUUUUUUUUUAAAGAUUCAUAAAUGCAACUUCAAUCCUGAUGAUUGAAGAAAAAACAAAAUUUUUAGCACAUUAACACUUAAAAUGCCAGGUUUUUUGCGCAUAUAAAAAAAACAUAAUACGCAACAAAAUUAUUAUUAUAUUGAAGGAAGUCUGGAAUGUUACUGACAACUGCAUUAUUAUUACAAAAAAAAUACCCUAUCUGCGCCUUAAGUACAAAAAUGUCCCAUCAUUUCUAUGGACCUCUAAUAAACAGCUGUUUCACUUUAAGUUCUUUUUUUUUUACUUACUUUCAGUUCUUUUUUUUUAAAUCAAAUUCAGUCCUGAUCAUAGUUAAUAAUGGGUCAUUUUCUUCUACGCAAGGUAAAGAACGCAUUAAGAAAAAAAAGGUUGCAUCAGGGUUAAGACAUUUUCAAAUCUCAGUAAGACAGAGACAAAAUAUUGCUUCAUAUACCUUUAAAUGGUCAGUGUGACUCAUGUUGUGUCUGUAAACUGUCGCUAAUACCAUUGAUUAUUUCAGCUCAUCAGGGAAUUUGAAAGUGCUUUGCAUAAAAAUCAGAAUUCACUUUAGUGUUUUUCUUUCCAUCAGAUUCACGUUGUUUCACCUGCAGGUCACACACACACACACACACACACACACACACACACACAGUGACCACAGCAGAGACACUGCACACAAUGAAAAAACAACAUCUUUCUGUCACAAACUCAGAAUGAUUGUAAAUCCUACGUUUAAAUUUGUAAAUAAAAUCUAACGUCUACUUUUACA